AUGUCCUCCUCAGCACCUGUGCUGACCCAAGAGGACUACCAGGUUCCCUGUCAUGGUGCUGGUGACACAGGCCCAACGAAGCGGGUCACGCAUGGCGCCUUCUCGAAGGACACAGGGGGCUACUCCAGCCGCAUCAACCAGAUCAUGAGAGCAGCCACCAAGACGCCCGGACCUGGAAAAUACUUGGCGCAUGAGGAUUGGAGGCUGAAUGGUGGGAGCAAGUUCCUCAAAGGGGAUCGCUCCUUCAAACCCAUGCAUAAGAACCCAGAUCCCACCCACUACGAGCGAAAGGAUUUCUUCCAGUAUCCCAGCAACAAGAGUAAGGAGUGUCUCUCUCAGAAUCGACGACAACUUUAUGGCAAUAUGACCAAAGGAAACCGUCGCUCAUUCUUGGACGGUGCCGUGCGGCAUGGCAAAUCUGUCCCAGCCCCAGGGCAUUACAAUGUGAAGCAGAAGGCGAACAACAAACUGGAUAACAACCCCGUGGGCGCCAUGAAUUGGAAAGUCUCAGAGAGCAACAACAGCUCUGGUGGAGGCACUGGAGGUGACACCUCCUUAGCACCAAACCACUACAGCAUCAACUACAACCAGGUGACUGACAAACAGGCCGUGUAUUCGGUACCCAAGGAGAAGGCCUCCAACUUUUUGGACAAGGUAGUCAUGGAGAAGUGGGUAGAUGUUAGAAGCAAGAAGGAGAUGCCGGGACCCGGUACCUACAAGACCUUCGAUGGUGAGGCCAUCGAUAAGACCACCAGAGGAACCUAUCAACUGCAGCUGAGAACCCUCAGCCGUUCCGCCACUUCUGGCUACUUCUGA